CGGGUGAAGAGAGAAUAUGAAGCCAUUUGAACAGGAGGAAGGUGUUUCGCUCAAACCGGUUGUUAGAAGAACUGCAAAUAUGAAAUGCUUGAUAAUUUUAUCUGUUUUGUUAUUCACUUUCCUUGUGAUUUCAAUCGUUUUCAUCGCGCUAUACCUGACGGAAAGAUCCGGAACUUCGCGGCCUGAACAGCAGUGCAGCUCAACUUCACAGAAAUACUGUGGAUCAAAAUCGUGCCUCUUCACUGCCCAAGAUGCCUUUAAGCAGCUGAAUCAGAGUGUUGAUCCUUGUGAGGAUUUUUACGAGUAUGUGUGCGGCGGAUGGGAAAACGAGAACCCUUUAGGAGAUAGUGAGACGUUUGUUACUGGCCUUACAUUGGCUAGAGAGAGAAGCUACAAUACACUCAGGGCCGCUUUAGAAAAUGCCAACAGAAACUACUUACAAAAUGAAGCUGUUAUGAAGACACUGGGUUUCUUCAACGCCUGCAAUAACACAGCGGCUGUCGAGGCUCUAGGAGAUGACCCGCUCAAGAAGUUGAUUGACCAAAUGGGGGGAUGGAACGUGACUGGUAACAUGACACCCUUGUCACUGAUGAGCAUCACAGAGAGGAUUGCUAAAGUGACAAGGGAAUUGUUCAUCAAACCUUUUGUUGACAUUGGAGUGUCUGUAGAUCCUCAUAACUCCAACAAACACAUUCUGCAGUUUCGUGAGGGACAACUUGGUAUGGUUAAAUCCUAUUACGCGAAGAGUACAACCGAACAUCAAGCUGGCCGGGAAGCUUAUAAAAAGUAUAUGAAAAAAAUAGCCAAGUUUCUCGGUGGAGGCCCUGACUCAGACGAAGAAAUGAUGAAAGUGUUUGACCUGGAAACUGAAUUGGCAAAGUUGGAUAAAUCGCUAGAUGGAAGCUCCAUAAUAGAAACUUUGCAGAGAGAAAUGCCUGCUGGAAUAGCUACCUUUGAGCUAAGGACAACAUUGCAGCGAUUCAGCUCCGCAUCAAAAUUAAAACUCGAAAACCUUGUGGACUUGGUAAAUGCAGUUUUUAAAAAACAGGGUCGGAAAUUCAAGAAAGACGAGUUAAUUGUCGCGUAUCCCAUAGAUUUUUACGUCAGAAUUUUCAAGUUUUACGAGGAAAAAACAAGAACGGAUCCCUUGGUUGUUGUUAAUUACAUCAUUUGGACUGUUAUCAAUAACUUUAUCGAAACAAUGCCGCGAAAAUACCGAGAGGCCCGGGACGAGUAUGUGACCGCCAUGUCAGGAAACAGCACCAGAUACCGCUGGAAAGAUUGCAUUGACAGAAUGCAGCCAGUAUUUGGAAUGCCGCUGGGCUUGCUGUUUGUGGACGUAGCAUUCGAUGAAAAAAGCAAGGAAACGAUAACGCAAAUGACCAGACUCAUAAAGGAUGAGUUUUUCAAGAGUGUUGAUGCUCUUCCUUGGAUGUCAGACGAAACGAAGGCAAAGGCGAAAGAGAAGGCCAAUGCUAUUGCCGAAGACAUAGGUUACCCAAGCUACAUCAAAGACCCGUCAAAGCUAGCUGCUACGCUUAAAGGACUGAAGGUUGGCGAUAACCUAUUUGAGAACACCGUUAGUGCCAUGGCUUUUGCCGCUAACCAAUCAUACAGUUUAUUGGACAAACCUGUGGACAGAGACGAGUGGUUCCUAGGCCCCUCGCAAGUAAAUGGUUACUAUUCACCAAGACAAAACCGCAUUGUGUUCCUGGCGGCCAUUUUACAACCCCCUUUUUACAAUCCGGAUUACCCAAAGUACUUAAAUUAUGGAGGGAUCGGUAUGGUGAUUGGACAUGAAAUAAUACAUGGAUUUGACAACAAUGGAAAAUUUUUCGAUAAGGAUGGUAACAUAAAAAACUGGUGGUCCAUCGUCUCUCAUUUAGGUUUUAGUAAAAGGACAGAGUGUUUUGCUAAACAGUAUUCACAGUACGAAGUUUAUGGUAAAAAGAUAAAUGGAAAUAAGACAAAGAACGAGAACAUCGCCGACAACGGAGGGAUCAAACUGGCAUACAAAGCGUAUGAGGCACUUGUCCAAAAAGAAGGAACCGAGGGGGCACUGCCAGGACUGGGACUAACAGAAGAACAAUUGUUUUUUGUGGGUUUCGCGCGGCCGUGGUGUAGUAUCUUCAGGAGGAAAGCAGCGCAUCUUCAACUUGAAACUGAUAGACACACGUUUUCUAAAUACAGAAUUAUUGGCACGCUUCAUAACUAUGACAAGUUCGCAGAGGUUUUCAGCUGCAAGCCAGGAUCUGCCAUGAACCCCCAGAACAAAUGCACCUUGUGGUAAUCAAGGUACAAUUGAACCCAGCCUUUUACUCGCUAUAAUCGUGGUAACAUCAGAGCGCACUGCAAACUAGAGCUGAGGAGCAAUAUAUUGGUAUGGUUCGGAUAUCGAUAACUUGUCAAGUGCUGACGCAAAUUAGGCCCGAGCCCGUAGUCUCAUUCAUACCAGGACAGUGCCAACAGUACCAAUACUGUAACCAUGGAACUAUUGAUUGAAUGGUAUCCUUACGUAGAAUAAUGAUAACUUUCUUUUGUUAAUAAUAAUCCGGUCUUUCAAAUAUUUCUUCUAUUAUUCUUUUGGAUGGUGAAAUCGUGACAUUGCUAUACUGAGGGUCCCAACCUAUCCGCGUUUUUGAAAAUACACUAUAAAUUUCCACAUUUUGUGUCGUACUUGAAUGUGAGAUUUAUGAAAAGCAGUUAUUGAAUCUUAGUGUUUGAGGAAGGAACAGCUGCUUUUCCAUUUAACAAAUAAGUCUCACGAGCAUUUUAUUUGAACAAACAUAGCCAUAGCGUAUAGAGUACAAUUACCUCACAGUUUUAAAUUAGGCAUAUUGUACUUUGAAGGCUGUCGAAAAAACUGCUUUCAUUGUUUAAACGGUAAACUCUUUGAGUGCCUCUCAAUCGCAAGUA